AAAGGGGUUGGUUGGAGACAGUUCAAAAAGGGGCAAUUGAGUAGUUCUUUUUUUUGUGGUUGUCACGUGGACGAAAUAUUGUAGAAAAUCGCAAACCGAUCUCGUGUGUGCGUUAUCGGGGAGGUUGGAUACCGACCACGUGUUUCUUUCAUUGGCUGAGAGCUAGCCACUGGUCGUAGUAUAUAUACACCGUUCUUCUCAAGAUUCGAACGAUAUACAACAGUACUCUUUACCGUCUUCUCGAUCGUGACUUAAAAAAAAUUAUUAUUAUUAUUAUUAAAUUGUAAUUAGAAAAUAUUUUGCGGGUUAAAUAUUUCAAGAAAAAUGGAAUUUCGUUUAGUGUGAAAUUAUUAGUGUUUUUUAAAAAAAAAUUUGUACGGAAAAAAAAAAUUUUGUGAAUAGUAAAAGAAACGGUAUUUUUUUGAAAAUAAUUUAGUGAAAAAUGGCUGCAAUUUUGGAGUCAAAUUUUGGAAUACAAUCAUGGACUACUGUUAUUCUUUCGCUUUGUGUUUCAUCAAUUUUCUUGAUGCUUUUGGUGAAAAGAGCGCAUUUUUUGUAUACAUUGAGAAAAGUACCUUCUCCAUUCGCAAUACCUAUUAUAGGAAAUGCUCAUCAACUUAAUUGUGAUUUGGAAGAAUUUUUUAAAAAAUUAAUAAAAUGGAGCAAGGAAUUUGGAGACAUUUUUAUAACUUGGGUUGGCAUGAGACCAUUUUUGUGGAUUUAUCGAGUGGAACAAGUUCAACCAUUGCUAAGCAGUAGCAUUCACAUAGACAAAAGUCUAGAAUACGAAUUCCUAAGACCCUGGAUUGGUACAGGACUAAUCACAAGUAACGGUUCAAAAUGGCAUUCAAGAAGAAAAUUAUUGUCGCCAACAUUUCAUAGUGAACUCUUGAAAGAUUACCUUAGAAUAACAAUGAAGGAAGUUAAUAUUCUGAUAAGUUGUUUGCAACAGGAAAUUGGAAAAACUGCUUUCGAUAUUGUCCCAUACGCUAAACGAGCGGCUCUCGAUGUUAUUUGCAAUACUGCCAUGGGCUAUCCAAUCAAUGCUCAGACGAAUCACAAAAACGAAUAUUUCUUGGCUGUUGAAAGAUUAUCGAAACUCAUGCAGAUGAGGUUCACGAACAUUUGGAUAAAAUGGGAUCCUAUAUUUAACAGGACUUCUUUGGGAAAGGAACAAGCACGCUUGAUCAACAUAAUUCACAGUUUUGUCGACAAGGUAAUUUUCGAGAGAAAAUUAGAGUGGUCAAUGAAAUUUGAUGGAAAUUGCAAUGAAACACCAAAAAAAUGUCAAGCUUUAUUGGAUUUAUUAUUAGAUGCAGCUCAUAAUGGAGCUGAAUUAUCGGAUGAAGAUUUACGAGAUGAAGUUAAUACUUUUAUGUUUGCUGGACACGAUACAGUUGCAACAAGUGUAUCAUGGUUCCUCUAUGCAUUGGGAAGACAUCCCGAAUAUCAGAAAUUAAUCAUCGAGGAGUAUGAAAACAUAAUUGGAUCGCAAGAACUCACUUUGGAUCUUCUCCAGAAAUUAGUCUGGUUAGAUGCUUGCCUAAAGGAAAGUUGGAGAAUCUAUCCAGUUACUCCGUUAAUUGCGAGACAAAUCUACAGUCCUCUCAAAUUAUCUACACAAGAAAUUCCAGCGGGUACGACGGUGUUAAUAAAUUCCUAUUUACUUCAUCGUGAUCAAAGAUAUUUUUCUCAACCCGAUAAAUUUAUGCCUGAACGUUUUUUACCUGACAAACCAAAACCACCACCAUUCACAUAUAUUCCAUUUAGUGCCGGUUCACGAAAUUGUAUAGGAUGGAAAUUUGCUCAAAUGGAAGUUAAAGUUACAAUUCUAUCAAUACUUCGAGCAUUUGAAAUUUAUUCUAUUCAAAGUGAAGAUCAACUCAAGUUUGUAGCAAAUCUUGUACUUGAUAACGUUGGUGGAAUUCCUAUUCAAAUUAAACCAAGACAAACACUUUAGAAAAAAAAUAUGAUCUGUAAAUGACUGAUAAUUGAUAAACCAUUUUUUUCAAUUUUAUCAAUACGAUAUACUAUAUAGAACAAAAAUAUAAGUAUUCUAAAGUAUAACACACAAAAGAAGAAGAAGAAGAAGAAGAAGAAAACUCUUUCCGGAGUAAAAAGUAGAAAUGUAUUAUUAUUUGUAUAAUUGUUUUAUAUUACUGAAAAGAUAAAAGCAAAGCGGAUGAUGGUAAAAGCAAAACCAAAAAGCGAUUAUAAAAGACAAGGAUUAUUAUUUGAAUAUUGUAGAGAACGAAUGAAAUAGAAAACAACGAGAAUGAUGAAUGUUUUUUUUAAAAAAAGACUGCUAAAUCAAUUAUAUUAUCAUUUUAUAGAAAAAUUGUAAAUUACCUAGUCGAUAUUUAGUGGAAAAAAUUGGAAAAAUGUACGUGAUAUAGAAUAACAUUUUAAGCACGCGCAUAUUUUUUAUACGUUAUAUUUUCAAUAAGUGAAAAUAACAUUGUAUAUACAAAAUGUAUUAUUAUUAGACGAGUUGACUUUAUUUCUAGACUUGGCUAUUUUUAAUUGUAUAAAUCAUAAAAAGCGAUAAAAAGUGUAAAUGACUCAUUGUUACUAUGAUGAUAUGGCUUGUUACUUACAAGUAAUUUGUUGAAUAUUUUGAUUAAAGGCAGUUUUAAAUUUUUUUACGUUAGAAAAUUUGCAAUUUUUCACAUUUGAAACUUUUAAUUCUCAAACAAAGUUUCAAUGAUAAUUUUAUACUUCAAUUAUGUAGAAAUAAACUCUGUAAAAUAAAUAUAAGUUAUAUUAUA